CGGGGCUGUCGCUGCUGCAGGGCGGGCUCGGCGGCCGCGGCUGCAGGAACAGCACCUCCGGCAAGGGCGACGGCGGCUUCGGGGGCGGCGGCGGUGGCUGCGCGGCGGGCGGUGGCGGUGGCGGCUACUCGGGCGGCAACGCGUGGACGGAGCGCUUCUACCACGGCGAGGGCGGCUACUCCGUGGUGCUGGCCGGCUCGCAGCGGCAGGUCACCCCCAUGGCGCACGACGGGCCCGGGGAGGUCAUCAUCAUCCCCGGCAUCAAGGGCUGCGACUGCCAGUACCACUGCGCGGCGCUCAACGCCAAGCGCUCGCUCGUGCAGUGUGUGUGCCCGCCCGGGGAGCGCGUCAACGGCAACACCUGCAAACCGGAGAGCCAGGACAUCGCCGACUACGUGCUCGUCGGCCUCGUGACCUUGGUCGUGGUCCUCUUCAUCCUGCUGUCCGCCAUUGCCUUUUACACCUACAACAAGUUCCAGAAGCGCAAGGAGCUGCAGCUGCGGCGCAAGACGCCCAGCGGCGCCGACCUGCAGCUGCGCAACCUCCGUAACGACCUGAUGACCGAGACCAACCCCAACUACGAGUUCGCCGGCGAGCGCUACACGCUCAAGGACCUGCGCGACGUGCCGCGCGAGCACCUGCGCCUCACCCGCGCGCUCGGCCAGGGCGCCUUCGGCGAGGUGUACGAGGGCCUGUACAAGAUGCGGCCGGGCGACGCCGUCGAGAUGCCCGUCGCCGUCAAGACGCUGCCCGAGCUCUCCACGCUGCAGGCCGAGAACGACUUCAUGCUGGAGGCACUCAUCAUGGGCAAGUUCAACCACCCGAACAUCGUGCACCUGAUCGGGGUGUGCUUCGACAAGCACCCGCGCUACAUCGUGCUGGAGCUGCUGUCCGGCGGCGACCUAAAGACCUUCCUGCGAGAGUCCAGGCCGCGAAACGACCGGCCGUCCGCCCUCAACAUGAAGGACCUGCUCAUGUGCUGCGUGGACGUGGCCAAGGGCUGCAAGUACUUGGAGGAGAACCGCUUCAUCCACCGAGACAUUGCGGCGCGCAACUGCCUGCUCACGGCCAAGACCCCCGGGCGCAUCGUCAAGAUCGCCGACUUCGGCAUGGCGAGGGAGGUCUACAUGUCGGACUACUACCGGAAGGGGGGCAAGGCCAUGCUGCCCAUCAAGUGGAUGCCGCCGGAGGCGUUCCUGGACGGCAUCUUCACGACGAAGACGGACGUCUGGUCGUACGGCGUGCUGCUCUGGGAGGUCAUGUCCCUGGGCUACAUGCCGUACACGGGAUGCGCCAACCGCAACGUCAUGUCGCUCGUGGUGUCCGGCGGGCGCCUGGAGCCGCCGCCCAACUGCCCGUCGCUCGUGUACGCCAUCAUGACGUCGUGCUGGCACCCGGAGCCCCCGCAGCGGCCCGACUUCGCCACCAUCCUGGAGAAGCUCGCGGGCUGCCUACAGGACCCCGAGACGCUGGCGACACCCCUCAAGCCCAUGAUCGGGCUCACCGAGUCGGGACUCCAAAUUAGGUACAACCGGGACUUUGAAGCGAUCUCCAAGUCGCUAGCGCUUGCACACGGCUGGCUAUUCGACGGGAAGGACGCGGACGUGCUCACCUCUCCGCCCGCCCUGAGCGUGGCGCCGUCGGCCUCCACCGAGCUGUCCAACCUGUCCUCGCCCGUGGACCAGGAAGCCGUCGAGAGGAUGGAGCGCUCGCCCACGGCCGACUACCUGGUGCCCACCAUGCCCCUGGGCAUCGCCCUCACGCCCAGCCACGUCGCGCUGCCGUCCGCACCGCCCGUGCCCCACCGGCCGCCCCUGGGGCCCGCCCCCGGGGGCGGUGAGGGCUGGCUGCCCGGCACCACCCCCACCCGGUCCCACUCGAAGCAGCCGCUGCUCCAGGGCGACAGUCGCGACAGCCGCGACAGUCGCGACAGCCCCGGCUCCAGCCUCGGCGGCAGCCUGGCGCAGCUGGCCAACGGCAAGGCCGUGUCGCCCAACCCCCUGCCCCUGGACCCGGCCCUGCUCGUCCGGCCCAACCCCAAGCUGAGGACGGAGGCGGACGGCGCCCCGUCACCCAUCGCCGACGCCGAGAUCACCUGCUGAGCGAGCCAAGAGUGGUCGCCGUCAAAGGGUCGCCGCCAGGGGGUCGCCGUCAAGGGCUCGCCGUCAAGGGGUCGUCGACAUCGCCAACGCACAAAACCGCUCAAAAUAACAGAAAAAAAGAGAGAGAGGAAUAAACGCUCUGCCGCGUUCUGAGCGUCGUGUUUGUGUUUGUUGUUUUUCUAUUUCACUCUCGGGGAAAUGGUGCUUUGGUGAGUGCGGCGCGGUUAGCGUGUUUUGUGAUAUAAAGAAGCUUUCCAUUAUUCCGUUUGACCCUGGUCGGUCUCCGGUACUUAAGUCGACUGUAAGCCUCUUACUACACCCUCAGCCUCGUACUGACCUUCUCGUGAGUUACUUUAGUGUUUUCUUAGUCUUUCAUCGGUCGUACGUUAGUAAAUUAGGUCGUUCACCAACAAUGCUGUUCACUUAUUUGUCAGUUUGUUCGUGUUACUUCCCGCUGCUUCGAUUUCUUAAGUAUGUAACGAAGGGAAAUGUCAGUACGAGUCCGAGAGGGUAGCUAAUCAUGGUUGUGAAAUCUAGUCUCCCUCCACCGUGUCCCCUCGUUUCGCCGAAAAGGAGAGGUUCCACUCGGAAACCUUUUCAGCGGCCUCGCGUCGAUUCGAUUUACGUGACGAAAUAUAUUCACCUUAUCUUCGGCCAACGCUGACGUCGUCUGUAAUUUCUGCUCGAGGUGUGGCCAAAGGGCUGAGGGAUGGUUGAACGGUGAAUCGCACAGCGGAGUCCUCCGCUUGUCGUGUGAUGAGGUACCGUCAAAUGAUGUAAUAUGGACCAUGCGUGGUAAUUUGGACCACCUCAUUGUGGCUGCCAUGGGACAUAUUUUGAUAUCUGAAUGUGUCCACCUUAAUCAACACAAUGGAGGCCAAGGAAUAGACUGGUUUAUAUUUGCACUGUGUGUCAAAGAGCAGUCAAAAGAAGAUGGUCCAAAAAAUUACCUUCGCAUGGUCCAUAGACCAUUUGAUGGUAAUGAUUGAAAAAAAAGGUGACUAUUUGAACCAGCCUCCAAAAACACCAAUUUCUGUUUAAAAAUAAAGCUCGUUAGCAAAUUUUCAUCAUACGAACAGGAUGGCUGGUUAUAAUUGGUUGUAAUUAACAUAGUACCUGAGGAAUGAUUGUUAAAUUUAGAAAUAAAGAUACUUAGAAUAAAAACUCGUUUCAUAAUAAACGUCCAGUUAUUUAAGGUUUUGGCUUUCUGGGAAGAUUCUCUGCAGUAGUCAGCCUAGCUAUAAUUUACUUAAACCUUUACAUUAGAAUUUAAUGAUUUUUCUAUGUGUUUUCAACUGUCAAGCUUUCUUACUGUAGAUGAUUACUGAUUGUUGGAUUGCUUCAUGUUUGUUCCAUGACAUCUUCCAUUUUACAGCUCCAUUCUUUUCAACUGACAGUAUAGUGCAAAAUGCCACUUGCUACUACUCUCUCUGCAUAGGUUGUUCAGUGUUUUAUGUUAAAUUGCUCAAAAUUAACAGAGAGAAGCGUGAAGCGUGGGUUAGUGUGUGAGAGCAAGGGAGAGACUGGGCCGUGUGCUGUGAGUGAGUGAGUGAGUGAGUGAGUGAGUGAGUGAGUGAGUGAGUGAGUGAGUGAGUGAGUGAGUGAGUGAGUGAGUGAAAGAGAGAGAUUUUACAAAAAUGCUCGUUUAGGAAUUUAUUUAUUUUCGAUCAAAAUAAAGAGUUGUGACAUCUUCAGAAAAUAUAUCCUUCUAAAAAACUGCUUGAAAA